AUGUCACUAUUCUUUAAAGCACCAAUUGAUAUCGAGAUUCGAUUAGAUGGGGAAGAAAACAGAAGUCAUGUGGAAUUGGUGAAUAACCAGGGAAGGACUGAAAAGUUACCCAUAUAUAAGGAUGGAGAAAGUGUCAAAGGAUUGGUAACAAUUCGUACUAAAGAAGGGAGAAAGGUUGAACAUAUGGGGAUCAAAGUUCAAUUAUUAGGAUCCAUUGAAACAAAUACCGAUUCAAUUACUAGUAGUGAUUUCCUUACUUUAGCUACGGAAUUGGCAGCACCAUCAACAUUAACACAUCCAGAAUCUUAUUCAUUCGAAUUCAAAAAUGUCGAAAAACAAUAUGAAAGUUAUAGAGGUAAGAAUGUCAAAUUAAGAUAUUUUGUUAAGGUUUUUGUAUCAAGAAGAUCAGCUAGUGAAAUAACAAGAGAAAAGGAAUUAUGGGUUUAUCAAAUUGUUGAUUUACCAAUGGAAAGUCCAAUAAAAGAUGAUAAAUCCAAAGCAACAACUGUUAAAAUGGAUGUUGGGAUUUUAGAUUGUCUACAUAUUGAAUUCGAAUAUCUGAAAUCCAAAUAUAGUUUGAAAGAUGUCAUAGUUGGGAAAAUUUAUUUCUUAUUGGCAAGAUUGAAGAUUAAACACAUGGAAUUAUCAUUGAUGAGAAGAGAAACUGUUGGAGUUCCACCUAAUCAAGUUAAUGAUAAUGAAACAGUUGUAAGAUUUGAGAUCAUGGAUGGUGCCCCUGUUAAAGGUGAAACCAUUCCAAUAAGGUUGUUCUUAGGUGGGUUUGAUUUAACUCCCACCUAUAAAGAUGUUAAUAAGAAAUUCUCCGUUAGAACUUAUUUAUCAUUAGUUUUAAUCGAUGAAGAUGCCAGAAGAUAUUUCAAGCAAAGUGAAAUCUUUCUUUAUCGUGACCAAUAG